AUUAUAGAUAACUUUAUACGAUAGACAUGUUUAUUCCCAGGCUGAUUUCCGUUGCUUUAUUGGGAACAAAGAGUAUAAGUUGACUGGAAAAUUAUUAGACAAAAUAUCUACACUCGAAAAAGAAUAUUUUAUUUCUCUAGAAUAUUAUCCAACUUCUUACCCUACCCAGACUACUUUUUAUAGUGUUGUUCGUUUUACUUCUACCUAUAAUGAUUGCUGCGAUAAUGGAGAUCGCAUUCCGGCCAUUUUUUUGGAUAAAUAUGGAAAAAUAAAUGUUGGAGCUUCAAUUAAUAACAAUUUUAAUAAAUAUCCAGUAUUAGAUGAUCCGCUAUAUAAAUUUGAGCUUAAUCAGUGGAAAAAAAUCAGUAUACAACAAAUGUUACUGAAUACAGUUUAUCAGUACUCAAUCUUUUUAAAUGACGUUUCUGUUUAUACUGAAAAUAACAAUAGUUCUCAAAAAUUUAUAAAUGUUUCAGUAUAUGCUGGAGAUCCAUGGCGCCCUACAGAUGGUUAUUUAAGAAACCUGUUUAUAUUUAAUAGCAUUUCAGUACCUAAGUCCUAUCAAAGUGAAUCGUUAUGUAACACCUCAAGUGGUUACGGAUUCAAUACUAGGAACGUAUAUUCAAACGGAACAUGUUACGAGGAAACUAAGGAAUGCUAUAUGUAUACAGAACCUUUGUGGAAAGUUAACAGUAGUAUUUUUAUGCUUGGGUAUGAAACGACGUUAAAUUUACAGAUAUACCCAACUUUUUUGAAAGCAUCAGCUGUUAAUUUAGAAUUUGAAUAUUUUUUGCCAAUUUUUUUCACAAUUUCAUCUGAAAAUUAUAUUCAAGGUUUUUCAAAGACUCAAACUAAUAGAAUGAAGUAUUCCUUUAGUGGGGUGUUCAAAUCUUGGGACUCAUUUAAUUACACUUUUACUGCUGUUUUUAAUCACACGUUGUGUCCAAUUAGUGGUAUGGUUACAUUAGAAAUCCCCUUUGUGUUUUCAUAUCGAGUUGAAGCAGAAAAACCCGGUAAAAUAACAAAGACGUUUCAAAAACAAGUCGAAUGUUUUAACUAUCCAAAAACUUCUUUUGCUUCAGAUCUCCAGUUUUUUGCAGAAAGUUAUGCAAGAGAAUUGUGUUGGGAUCCAGUUAACUCUUAUAUUUAUUUAUGUAUGAAUCAAUAUUAUCCAAGUACAAAAGUAGCAUGUUGGUUUUCUAAAGACAACGGAAAUUUAUGGGCUGCUGUAGAUAUUCGAGUUGGUUCAGUUCUCGGUCGUCACUCAGUUACAAGAGAACUUUACGCAAUUCAUCGGAAUCGAAAAACGUACUUAAUGUUUCAUAAUUAUUUCCACAAAUGGCUUGUUAUUACGACUCAACAGUUUAUGGAAGUGGCUUUCAGUUAUCUUGAUCUUUCUUUGCAUAAAAGUUUGGAAGGUGAUUUUGAUCAAAUAUAUACUUUUGGAACAAAUCAAUGGUUAGUUCCAUAGAUGUUGUAACAACUGGACUACAUUCAUUUAAUGGACCUAUUGGAAAAUCUAUUCCUAAGCUAUUGCAGCCACCCAUAGUCUACUUUGCUGUUAUUGGUGGUGAACCUAUUAAUUGUGAUAAAGAUUUAUUAAGCAGUGAUUAGUUGUACUCUUUUAAAAUUGCUAAUGCAGUGAAGAUAGUGAUUGCAUAACAGGGAUUUGAAUCCAGAUAGCCUGGGCAACUAAACCAUUUAAGGUGAUUGACACUUGCAAAUCGUGUUUUGCGCCUAUAUAUAUCUACUGUAGCUCCAUCAAAUGAACUUACACUAUUGACUAAAUUUGUCGUAAAUUCUAAUGCAGUUGUAUGGUUUGAUGUAAAAAAGUAUUUAAACUGUUGGAAUGCAGCACCACACUAUUACAAAAUGAUAGAAACAUAACGAUUUCUUCCUGUGCAGUACAGAAUUGUGGUUUAGCAAGUUUUGAAGCGCAAUAGCUAUCCAGCUCAUAUUGAGAGCAUUAUUCUUGCUAUAUUGAAAGACAACCAUCAAGUAAUUCGUAGACUUGCUCUGAAAACAAUUGCACAUGCACGGGAAGAUGACAUACCAAUUCGUAAAUUUGAAAUACCUGAAAUUAGACUUCAAGCAACAAGUUAUAAUGAGCGGUUUGAUUGGAAAAGGCUUCCUUGCUUCGAACCCGUUUUGACAAAACACAUUUCUACCGCACAAAUAUUGGCCUGGCUUUAGUCAGAUGAAGAUAUUGUUGUUGUUUUAGAACCAUGUCCAUGCCACAAUCAAAGUGUUAAACGUUUAAUUAAAAUUGUCACUGAAUC